AUGUUCAUGUUUCGCUUCCUUCUCGUGUCAUUUUCCCUCUCUACCAUCCUCAGCGCCACUGCGUGUUCCGUACUCCAAAACCUGGCCGCGUUAGAUCCCAUUAUUAGCGACCCUGGCGAGCAAGACACCAGUUCCUACAACACCUUGGCCAGCCAGGAAUGGACUCACGCGGCCUACGACGCACAUAUGGCCAGGCUCUGCCAGUCUAUUGUCGAUGGCGACAUUGACAUUGUCCUAGACUGCCUCUCCCAGCCAGACACCGACCUGAAUAAACGUGACUACGCGGGAAGAACGCCGUUGCAUCUAGCUGUAAUAACCUCGACGCCUGGCAUUGUCAGAUCCCUUGUGAAUCAUGGCUCUUGUCUGACUGCCCGGCUGGCGAAUGGUAAGACGGCCCUUCAUCUGGCCGCCACAAGGGGCAACGCAGAAAUCAUCAAUACCCUGAUGGAAAGGAGCAUCGAGAACGAAAAGGGUGGAGAGGAACGACAUGCUGAUCGGCGCAAGGCUGCCAACGGGUACAUGCCCGACACCGAGACGAAACACGCCGCGGCUGGUAUCGAGGAUGACGGCAACGAUGUCCCUGAAGGGUCUGAAGAUGGGGCCGACUACUACCAGAUUGACUCUCUUGCCUGGGACACGCCCUGUUCGCCGCUCUAUCUCGCCAUCGUCGAGGGCAAUGAAGAAGCUGUCAAGCUCCUGUGUGAUUAUGGAGCAAACGUGACUCUUCCCAUCAAGACCUUCAACCCAGACUUCGACGUCGACGACUUUGACAAAUUCAACGACUAUGACGACUUUGACGGCUAUGACGACACUAAAACAGUUUUGGCCCUGACAUUUGCCCUGUCUCUCCCGCCCGAAAAGGCCAGAUCCAUGGCUCGGCUGCUCCUCAAACUCGGUGCCACCUCCUCCCAAGCUGACUCCCGGGGCUGUACAGCAUUCCAGAAGUUUGUCGACGCCGGGGGUGACAUGAUUGACGUCCUCCUCGAGAACGACAAGGUGGGCACUGAAGCGGCUAUCAACCACCUGGCGUUCCAUGAACCCAGUUCGACUACACCAACAACAUCGCCACUUCUUCGUGCAGUGGAGAAAGAAGACUUUGCCGUUGUGAUUAAGCUUCUGAACGCCGGAGCCAGCGUUCAAAUUGACUUUGACACUUGGCUCAAGGCCGCCAAGUCCUCCCCAGAUCACAAGUUGGGAGACUUGGAGCGCUCGCGGCGAGCGUACAAAGAAUCCGUGGACCAGCCAUUGAUAGUCGCCAUUCGUGUCGGCAAUAUCGAUGCGGCCUUCAAGUUUCUGGAGAUUGGCGCCGAUCCAAAUGCCUUGACGUCAGAUACUCAGCGCCUCCUAAUCGACGAGUCCGAGUACGCUCGCAUGGAUGUGUCGGGAAAAUCAGCUUUGGAUCUCGUUCGAGAUCUCGCGGAAGCGCUAUCUGUACACGAUGACGAAACGACGGAUCACAAUCGGCCUUUCCUGCCCGUGGGAAUGGAAGAGUAUCUGCAAAACACUGAACCAGGGACAUAUCGGCACUGGAUGAUUUCAAAGGAUAUAAAACUUGUCAAGGAGGCGUUCAAGCGAGACGACACGUUUUACCAGGGAGAGUUGAAGCCCCAUGAGACGUCACCGGCUGCGGCUGAGAAGAAAACCGCUGUUGAAGGCGCUUUAGCCAGAGUCAAGUCCCUGGAAGACGCCUUGAUUGCCAAGGGUGGCAAGGUUUUUACCGAGCUGUAUCCCCAUAUCGAUGCACAAGACUGCGGGACUAGAUGCUGCAAUCGAGUGACGAAAACGCCAUCGGAGUACAAGUUUACGUUCCAAUUCACACGCGAUAUCGAUAUUACUGAUGCUAGGCGAGAUGGAUAUAUUCAACUCAUGGAAGCUGCUUGGGCCGGAGACUUGAACCGCCUUAAUUCGAUGACCCUCGAAGCGUGGGGUCCUGGAAAGGGCCAGGCGCCUCUGAAGGUUGCCAUUGUGGACAACUCAGGCAACUCUCCUUUCUCUCUAGCGUUCCUUCGCGGGCAUCAUGAUGUGGCUCGAACGAUACUAGAGAUUGCAAAGGUCCAGUGGCCGUCCUCAGAGAGCGAUCAGGCUCAAGAAGAGGAGAAUGAUGAGGGCUGGCUUGCAUAUCAUUCCUACUUCUCUGGCGAUGAGCUGCGAAUGGACCUCCAGAAAGCAGUCAGGCCUCACACCAAACCACUGGAAAUGAUUUGUGAUGGUACCCCGACCUUCCUUGUUGAGAAUGGGGUUAUCACAGCGGAAUAUGGGACAAGGAGUCUGUUUAUGCAUACUCUUGAUACGGAAGAUGCAUCGGGACUCGAGGCUCUAUUGGACAUGGUGCAGCACCUUUCCGGUCAAAACUUAGCCAAAGACGACGAGAGAUCCGAGCAAAGUUUCACUUUCCCUGCGUCUGUGUUCCGAUGGACUAUCGAGACCGGGAAGUUGCGUUUUCUUGACCUGAUCAUCAAGCGCACUGGCGCAGGCAUCCCUCUCGACGAUCUGGCCUGGAAGAAGCCCGAUUUCUACCAGUGGAUGCCAAUAUGUGCGGGUACAAUCACGGAGUGGGAAGAGAACGCUCGAGAGGAGGCGACGAGAGUGCUUGCCAUGGAGAGCCCGCCACUCCUUCAUGCUGCCCUUGGCGGAUCUCUAGAGGGUGUCAAGUUCUUUUCGGGCGACGCGCCGCACCGACUGUACAGCGAGUUCGGCAAGUCCGAGACUGCUCGCUACGAUGCUCGGCUAACAAGCCUGAGGGAGGGGCCCGAGGGUUUUGAUGGAGCCAUCUCGAAGUGGCUCAAAGCAGACAACGAUUUGGUGAUUCACUGCGCCGUCCUCAGCCAUGUAAACGAGGAAUCUGUGGAGCUGCUCGAGUACCUCGUCAAGAAAUACCCAGAGCUUAUUCAAAAGAAGAAUUCCGACGGCGAGAGCCCCUUGAUGCUUGCGUGCCGGCUCGGCAGGAUUGAAUAUGUCAAGGUCCUUCUCGCGGCAGGCGCAGACCAGUCGACCAGGAACGCCAGGGGCGAAAACAUCAUUUGCCGCUCUCAGUGGCAACCCUACGGCGGCUCAGCUCAAACCCCUUCUAGACCUUAUCGACUCGGAUUUGAGGAGCCGCUUGUUCUUGCAGCGCACGAGUCCACAGGAGCACCGCUCUACCCCCCUGCACGCCUGGAUCUCGCGGCUCUGGACGACUACUACUACUUCACCAUCGGCUAUAGCAGGGCUCCUAAGCCGUAUCGCGACCAAAGGGUGGUUGUGGCCGUGGCGAAUCUGCUGUUGGAAUAUUCCAAGGGGGAGGAGUUGGACAUGCUCAACAGGGCUGGCGAGACUUGCCUUCACACUGCUGUCAAGGGCGAAAUGGGGUCUCUUGUCAGGACUCUUAUCAACUUCAGCCCGCGACUCCUGAUGCUCGAGAAUGCCGCUGGCCGCACGCCUGCCGAGAUUGCGCACGAACGAGGGCAGAGGCAAAUCUUGGAUCCUUGGAGCCCCUCUGGCGACUUCGAGCACAGCGUCAUCCGGCUGGCAAGGGAUGAUGUCGACGACUUCGCCGUCAGUGCCGCCCUCAAUCACCAGAGUCCUGACGAGCUCAGGACCAAGCUUAGGGGCCUCGGUCUCAGUGACGACUACGACACCAAAGUCAUUGACCGUCUGUUGCUCGCGAUCGGCUGCGGGGAAAGUAGCGACUGGGGGUACCCGCCCUCCACCAUCAUGAAGAAGAUUGUCUCGGAUCUCUGCUCCACCGCCCUGGCUGAGCACCCCGGCAAGCGGCGGUUGGUGAGUCUGGACGAGGCCAACGACAUGACCGGGAGACGUGGCGUGCAAGAUACUGCGUCUCCCACCUUUAGCGUCCAGAGCCAUAACUUGGACUACGACGUGCACAAUAACUUGGACUACGACGUGCAGGAUGACUUGGACUACGACGUGCAGGGUAACUUGGACUACGACGUGCAGUAUUUGCAGGAACCAGGAGACUUUGUGGUCAAGGAGAUGCAGAAGCGAUUGUGUGGCGCUUGGCACUUCUCCGAUUACGAGGCUGGUCAACUUGGUCUCGAGCAAGGCAAGCCCGAGGAGCUCGACGAUGGUGCACAUAUUGGUUUACGUAGAUGUGGGAUGUGUGGGGAGUAUGAGAACGAGCAUGAUGUCCCCCGACAAUUCCCCAUUUACGAAUAG